AUGCAUUUUGGGGUUCAUAUAUUUCAGCGGCAUGCUGUUAAAUUAGAUGCAAAAAAAGGCAAGAUCCUAUGGCAAACCUUCAUGUUGCCUAACAAUUUUGGCAAGAAGGGGGAAUUUGCAGUGGCAGCCAUUUGGGGAAGCAGCCCAUCAAUUGACCCCAUUAGAAACCAUGUCUAUAUAGCUACAGGGAAUCUCUAUUCAGCUCCACUUCGAGUACGCCAAUGCCAAGAAGCGGGAAACAAUCAAACGGUUCCAACUACUUCUGACAAGUGUAUUGAAUCUGAAAACCACGCAAACUCUAUCUUGGUACUUGACUUGGACACUGGCAAAACUGUGUGGUACAAGCAAUUAGGAGGCUAUGAUGUGUGGUUUAGAGCUAGCAACAGGCACUUCGACCCUAAUUGUCCGCUUCUACCUAGCCCUGAUACCGAUUUCAGAGAGGCACCAAUGAUUCUUGGCAUGUAUCUCGAUAGAGUCAAGCAUGAUCUUGUAGUUGCUAUUCAAAAAAGUGGUUUCGCUUGGGCUUUAGAUCGCAACAAUGGCAGCCUUGUCUGGUCUACGGAAGCUGGAUCAGGAGGGCUAGGAGGAGCAAUGUGGUGUGCAGCUACAGAUGAGAAAAUGAUCAACACAAACAUUGCCAACAGCCAACACAAAAACUUACACUCUCAGACCAUAACGGCUGAUGAUGGAAGGGUGUUUCCUGUCAGUAACAGUUCUUCUUCAGUAAUUGAUUGUCUCUUGUCUGAAGCAAAGUGUCAGGAAGUUUCUCUGCAGACUGGAAAAGUUGUAACAACAGCAUCUGCUAAUGCUGGUGGAAAGCUCCUUCUCAAGGUCGAGAAACGUACAAUCAACUUGGUUGAAUCUUUUGAAGCUGAUUAUCUAUUAAUUGCUAGUGGAAAUAGUAAGCAGGGUUACAGUCUUGCAGCUCAGCUACGUCAUUCAAUUGUAGAUCCAGUACCUAGCUUAUUCACUUUCAAGACUGUAGAUUCACAAUUAACAGAGUUGUCAGGGGUCACGUUCCGAAAGGUCAUUGCAAAACUUAAAUUAGAAAAUGUGCAAAAGAAUAGUCCACAUCUUACACAGAUUGGCCCCAUGUUAGUCACACAUUGGGGACUUAGUGGGCCAGUAAUUCUUUGGCUAUCUGCUUGGGGUGCUUGUGAUCUGUUCAGUUUAGGUUACAAAGGGAUACUUAUAUUGGAUUUUGUACCUGAUUUACAUAUAGAAGAUAUGAAGUCAAUUCUUUGUAAACACAAGAAACAGUUUGUGAAGCAAAAUGUGAUCAAUUCAUGUCCUUCAGAAUUCAGCCUUGUGAAAAGAUUCUGGAAAUAUAUUUGGCAUCUGCUUGCAAAAUUUUCCUUAUGAAUGUUGUUUUUUCUUGUUUAUAUGCAGGGUUUAUGUGGAGAUACCUUGUGGGCUUCCAUUUCAAACAUUCUAAUUUCCAUUGCUCAUCUUCUAAAGCAUUGUACAUUUGAAGUGACUGGGAAGGGCCAAUUCAAGGAUGAAUUUGUCACUGCUGGCAGUGUUCCACUGUCUGAGGUUUCUUUGAACACAAUGGAAAGCAAAAUACGUUCACAUUUAUUCUUCGCCGGAGCGGUACUAAAUGUCGAUGGUGUAACUGGCGGUUUCAAUUUCCAGAAUGCUUGGUCUGGAGGAUACAUCGCGGGAACAAGUAUAGGUAAACUAGCAAGUAACGCUACUCUAAAGGAGAGACAAUAG